AUGAUCGCCGUCCAAAACGCCGUGACCCCCACCGACGUCUCUCCCGCCAUGGCAACCCUCACAUUCUUCCAGACUUUCGGCGGCGCAAUCUUCCUCGCCAUCGCGGAGGUGAUAUUCGCCGAGGGCCUGCGCGACAAGAUCCCGCAAUUUGCGCCGACCGUCAACGCCGAGACGAUCAUUGCGGCUGGCGCCACGGGUUUCAGGGACAUUGUGACGAAGGAGCAGCUGGUUGGUGUGCUGUUGGCGUAUGCGAAGAGUAUCGGGGAGAUCUUUUAUAUGCAGAUUGGCUUGGGCGUGGUGGCGCUGUUUGUGGCGUUUGGAAUUGGGUGGAAGGAUAUUAGGAAGAAUGGACAGAAGAAGGGGGAGGUGAAGGGGGAGGAGAAGGUUUGA